UGCCACGUCAGCAGAGUGCCAYGUCAAYAGCAACGUGCAGCCGGACACUAAAUGYGCCGCAGCCUACGAUUGGCAGAACGCGAGUCCAAGGCAGCCAAGCCCCAACCGGGACCCAAGGCAUCGCGAAUCCCGCGCAAGCGACGCACGACCAUGGCUUCCACCUCUGACAAGAGUGCACCAACCAGCCCCAAGAGGCCGGUUCCACCUCCUCUCCCAGUUCAGCAGGCCGAUGAACCGCUUCUAGCGUUCCUCGACCGUCUCCAGAAGUAUUCCGAGACGACGACCGCUGAACUACGCAAGUGGGAAGAAGAGGAAGCCGCCCGCCAACAGGAGAUUCAACGCCAGCUGGCAGAGGCAGAGGCAGCACGUCAGCAGGCCGCAGCAGAAGCUGCAGCAGCCGCACGGUUGCAACAGCAGCAGGUCGAGGCAGUUCAUAAUCAGGCUCGUUACCAAGCCACUAUGGAUCUGACUCGCGAUGAAACCGAGGAACAGCAAGAGCCAACCACGGAGGAAGCAGAUAAAGAAGGAAUAGCAGUUCUGAUGGAGAAUCUGCUGUACACAUGCAAUUGGCAGCAACGCGAACUGCUCGCCACGCGGCAGGUCGUCAUCCGCCAUCAAACAACACUCAAGGCAAUGGAUAACAGGAUCACGUCGCUGCAGGCCGAGAACAGGACACUACAUGCCGCCAACAGCCAGCAGCAGACACUCAACCACCAGCUGCAGGCAGAUGUCAGCAACGGGUUGGCACAGCUGUCMGCMGCUGCGUCAACGGGCARUGCAGCAGUCGACUGCAGCCCAGCUUUGACCGCACAGGCAAAGCAAUUGGAAGAGCGGGUCAAUCAUUUAGUCGCAUCCCUGGGCGACAUCAGCAAGUUUGCAGGAGCCUCUAUAGUCAGCAAUCAGCUGCAGACGCUCAGCGACCGCGUUGACCAACGUCCGGUCGCCGUCGCCAAGGAAUGGAAGAUGCCAAACUUCAAAAUCGAGAAGUUUGACGACUAUCACAAGACCGAUCCGCUGCAAUGGUGGACGACAUUCAACGCAGAGGCCGACGUGCAUCAUACUCCGCCCCUACGGCGGCUGGAUGCAUUGUACCUCCAACUUAUAGGCGGAGCGCAAGCAUUCAUGACACACAUGGCCGCGACACUUGAGUGUACCAUCGCCACCCUCCACACGAAGAUCACGUGGGAGGAGUUUGAGAAGAAAUGGAAGACCCGGUUCAUGGUGAACAAUGACAAGCGUCACGCCUUGAACAAGAUCUUCCACAUCUUCCAAGGCCAGCAACCUUCGCGGGAAUGGUUGACGGAGUGGCAAAGACUCGUCGCCACCCCGGAGUUGAACCUACCGUUCGACUCGAUCCGAGGUGAAUUCUUCGCCCGAUCCUGCGACGCCUUGACUGCUGCUCUCGGCAGCGAAUACGAGUAUAAGAACUUCGACGACAUGAUCGCCAAAGCCAGAGAGCUUAUACAAGGUAACCGGCGUGCGGCUAACGAGACUCGUCAGCAGCCCGGUUACGUGGAGAAAGGAAAAGGUCAACGGGCGCCGCAAGUAGCAGCAGUCCAGCAAGGACAAAGUGAGGACCACGCAGCCGCUUUGACAUCAAGUGACGGAGAUGUGGCGGCAGCAAUACCACCACAACGCUCAAGACCCCGAGGGGGAAAACAGAAGGCGAAACCAGCGUCGGCAGAUGGAGCACGACAGGCACCAUGGACGAAGUUCGGGAUUACCGAGGACAUGUUCAAGUUGCGACAGAAACGGGGAUUUCCGCCGUCGGACAAUGAACCGGUGGCUUCGCCAGCCAUCUUAUCGGAGGAUCCGUCAACCUGGGCGAGACUUGAGGAUCUCGACCCGUUGACGGUUGAGGACUUCCAAUGGUUGCCUCUGCCCUCCACCGCUUCUUUGCCAACUCCGCAUUGCAAUGCCUUAAUGGCACAUCUACGCGAAUACUUGCACGCUGCAGUACCACCUCCGUCGACGGACGGCGGAGUAGCGGUUGUUGACCUUUGCAACUUUCUUGCGAAGAUCGACCGCGAGUACGCAACGCAACGGUACGUCGACACCGACGCACCGCUCCUCUACAUCCGCAUUCAGAUCGGGAAGGCGACCUGCAGUGCCUUGAUCGAUUGUGGAGCGACUUGCAACUACAUCAACCAAGACUUCAUGGCACGCGCUGGGCUAGGCCUGCGCGUUCGAAGGAAAAGUCAGCCUACGCACGUCACGUUGGCCGAUGGUCACACGCAAAAGUCAAUCGACCGAUGCGUUGACUCGGUGCCCGUGUACUUCGCCCCGCUAGCAAGCGAGGCCGUGUCCUUCGACAUAUUGGACACCAAGUUCGAUAUGAUCCUAGGCAUGUCGUGGCUGCAAAGCGAAGACCAUCCGGUGAACUUUCAUCGCCGCACCGUUCACGUUCAUGAUCGGCAUGGCGAACUAGUCCCAUCGAGAUUCAAGACACGGUAUGGGCACUGUGAGUGGAUCGUCAUGCCUUUCGGUCUCACCAAUGCCCCGGCUACUUUCCAAGCGGCUAUGACGACGGAAUUCCGCGACUUGCUCAACCGCUCCGUACUCAUUUACCUCGAUGACAUCUUGGUUUAUAGUCGGUCGUUGGACAAGCAUCUCAAGCACCUUCGCACCGUAUUGGAGCGGCUUCGUAUUGCCAAGUACAAGGCAAACCGCGACAAGUGCGAGUUUGCCCAGCAAGAACUGGAGUACUUGGGCCAUUACGUCACGCCGCAAGGCAUCCGUCCGCUCGCGGACAAGUUACAAGCUAUUAAAGAUUGGCCGGACCUCAAGUGUACUACCGACGUCCGCUCCUUUCUCGGCUUGGCAUCCUACUACAUGCGUUUCGUCAAAGGAUUUCAACGCAUCGCUGCACCAUUGUCACGACUACAGUCCCCCUCGGUGCCCUUCGAGUUCGGCGACGAGGCCCGGCAUGCGUUUCACACGCUGAAGACGGCUUUGCUUCAAGCUCCCAUCUUAAGCAUCUAUGACCCGACGUUGCCUACCAAAGUGACCACGGACGCUUCCGGUUAUGGCAUUGGCGCGGUUUUGGAAAAGCAUGACGGCACAGACUGGCACCCGGUUGAGCACUUCAGCCAAAAGGUGUCACCCAUCAACACUCUUGAUGAUGCGAGGAAGAAGGAACUCCUAGCUUUUGUCAGCGUACUUAACCGUUGGCGUCACUUUCUCCUCGGGCGUCGGCGUUUCACGUGGGCAACGGACAACAAUCCGUUGACAUAUUACAAGACGCAAGACACGGUGAGCAGCACGAUCGGUCGAUGGAUGUACUUCAUUGACCAGUUCGACUUCACCUCCAAGCACAUUCCGGGCUCCUCGAACAAGGCAGCGGAUGCUCUCUCGCGAAGACCUGAUCUUUGCGCCUUGUCGGAUCCGGGAUUCUCCACACUCUAUGCGGACUUAUCAUCGGACCAACCGCCGGCAAGCAACUAUCGCAUUGUCGACGGCUACUUGCUUCUCCAUACACGAGGCAAGGACUUGUUGUGUGUUCCCCAAGACCGCAUCCUGCGCACUCGCCUCCUGGGCGAAUACCAUGAUUCGCGGCUGGCGGGACACCUUGGCGUCGCACGCACAUUGGCACGACUCCGCCAGCGAUUUCACUGGCCGGACAUCAUCAGCGACGUCAACCAGUAUAUUCAGUCAUGUGCAGUUUGCCACCGGAACAAAGGGCGCCAUCAGCUCCCUUACCGCGAACUGAAACCAUUGCCGAUUCCUCGGGCACCGGGUCUCUCCAUUGCUAUGGACGUGACUGGUCCUUUCCCCCGCGAUCGCCUUGGUCAUGAUGGUAUCCUCACGGUCGUCAACCGUUUGAGCAAAUACGCUCGAUUUCUUCCAUGUAAGUAUCAUGCGACGGCUUCCGAGCUUGCACUACUUCUGCAUACCGGUUGGUUUUGCAGCCACGGCGUUCCGGAAGACAUCGUUAGCGACCGCGACACUCGUUUCAUGUCGGCCUUUUGGACGACACUCAUGGUGGAAUCCGGCACCAACAUGAAACCGAGUUCCGCACGGCAUCCUCAAACGGAUGGGCAAACGGAACGUGCGCACCAGACGGUGCAAAUGAUGCUCCGCACACUCAUCCGCCCGGAUCAAAAGGACUGGAUUGACCGCCUUCCCGACAUCGAGUUCGCCUACAACACUUCGUUGCACUCGGCGAUUGGCGUGACUCCAUUCGAGUUGCACCAUGGUGGACGGAAAGGACGUAUCUUCGCAGACAUUUUGCUUCCACGGGCUGCCGAUAUAGACGCCGCUUGCUCCCCCGCUUCUACACGGAAGUACAAGGAACUGCUGGCCAAAGCCCGCGCAAACAUGCAAAAGGCCCAGGUCUGUAUUCAGCAGCAACUGAAUCGGCGUCGCAUCCCAUGUCCAAUUCGCGCAGGCGACCUGGUUAGGGUCACCUCCGAGGAAUUCGCGCUUGAGCUGGACGUCUCGCGCAAGCUCCUCCCGAAGUGGUUUGGACCAUGGAUGGUCACUUCAGCGGCUGGCGACGACCCCGCGGGUCCAUCAUUCAUCGUUGAGAUUCCCCCGCAUUUGACGGUCCACCCGAUCUUUCAUGCUUCAAAACUGGCAGUUUACACUCCAGCCUCCGCAGCGGAUUUCCCAGGUAGACGGUCACAAGACCCUCCUUCAAUGGAUGGUCAUCAGCAGGUCGAUCGCGUUCUCACGCAUCGCAAGCAUGGCAACAAGCCCAUGCAGUACAAAGUUACAUUCAAGCAAUGCGAUCCGAACGACACACGCUGGAUUUCAAGAGCUGACCUGAAGGAGACAGCACCCCUCAUCUUCGCACACUACGAAAAACAGCGACUUGCUAAGGAAGCUGCUCAACCUGCCCGCCCUGUACAGACAUCGGACAGACAGCUUCGCCCUCGCAGUGAGCUCGGUCUUUCAAGGGGGGGAGUGUGUGGCAUACUAAGCCACACGGGCCCCAGUUAGGGCCCGGUUCCCAGUAGGCAGGGUAGGCCUAGGGGGACGACAGUUCAGGCCAGGACCAAAUA